AUGCUAUCGGUAUCAGCAACGCCCAAAGCACCACCUGCGUCGACACUCAGCCGAGCUUCCCGAGCUUCGAGGCGGCCUGAGACUAGCUGGGCCUCAGGCGUGCGCCCGGGCGCAGGCCUCGUUUCUCUGCUGCCGGCAAUGCCAGCGGAGCUGAAGCUUCCAGAAAACAAGGUCCCUGGCUGCUUGAGCACGGUGCACGUGAGUGCCCAGCUGGAGGAGGACGGCACCGUUAGCUUCCAGGGAGACUCAGAUGCCCUGAUAUCCAAAGGCCUUUGUGCUUUGCUGGUGCUGUGCCUCAGCGGCUGUACACCGGAGGAAAUUGCCGGCGUGAAGCCCGAGUUUAUCAAGGCCUCCGGCAUUUCGGCGGCUUUGACACCGGGCCGUAACAAUGGCUUCUUCAACAUGCCGUGGCCCAAGAGUGCGUCCGAAGACACUAAUGUGUGCUUUGAGGCAAUAAUAUCCUCUCCCAAGUCGGGCCCUGCACAACAGGGGCGGCAGAAGGGCCCAUAG